UGUUUUGUGCCCUAUAUCCACCAAAAUGGCGCACAUGUGAACUUGAUGAAAGGGGUGAUAACGUUUAUUGUUUAUCAUCGCAAUGUCGUUAUUGAAAAUUAAUUAUUAAAAGCAGAUUUAACAUCAAGAUACUUUUAACGGAUUUGGCAGAUUUGAUGUACGGUUUCCUGCAUCUGGGACUGUACAAUGACCCUAUUUUGUUAGAGGUAUAAACAAAGCUUGGAAAACGUCGGACGCUGAUAGUAAUAUUCAGAAUGGCUAGCAAGACAUAUAAAACCUACAGUAAAUAUACCAGUAAAGACACUGCCGCCAGUCGGGCUUUUGAUGAUGUUCUGAACAACAAAGCAGCUCCACCAGUACCCAUCAAAGCAGAAAAAACAAAAUGGGGAGACACAUCCUUCACACGUGUAAGAAAGGAUGAUCCAUUUCAAGUAACAUUUAAUAAGGUAAAAGUUGAAAAUGAAACGGUGGAUGAGUUUUCUUUUGACUUGGAUGAGGAUGAGAGUCUCAAAAAGAAACUUCCAGCAAAUAACAGCUCGGGUCAGAGUGCUUCAACUGGAUUAGGAAGACCUGCUAUUGCUACAAUGAACAAGACUCAAAAGAAGCAAGUUCAACCAGAAUCUCCUGGAAAUCUUCCAAAAUUAGAGAAAGAAGACAGCGAGUCAAUUGAUAAUGAUGAUGAAAAUGAGGACAUGGAACCAGUAAUGUUCAAAAGACCAGUAAGAACAUAUUCUCGCUCUGUAAAGAAAGAGAAAGGACAAGAUAAUGUGCCAGAGCAGGCUCAAGAUGAGGUACAAAGUGAAAGCCCUGUGUUAGAAGAAGAUGAUGAUGAUUCAUCAGUCCCAUUUUCACAGAAAACAGAUGUGUUCUCUGACAAAAAUGAUGAGGAAGGUAAUUCAUACAAAAGAGGAGGUAAAGGAAGAUCACAAAAAAUUACCUCAAGAACUCACAUUUUGCAGUCAGAUGACGAUGAAAGCAGUGGAGCAACUGUCCUGAAUUUCCGCAGCCGUUACAUGGAUCCAGCAGUGUAUGGCAAUUUUGAGUACAAACCACAAGGGGAUGACCCAGUGGGCAGGAUGAAUAAUAGCAAGGUUCUUCAACAGAGUGAGAUCAAACAUGGAAAAGGUUCCACUCUUAUCGUGAUUUGCUCUCCAAAACCCCCAGCCCAAGGAUCAUCCAAACUUCACCCUGUACGGACCUACAAAGUUCGAGAUCCACAAGAUAAGGAAUCAGAUAAUGGAGAAGAAAAACCCAAAGAGGAUCUCUUUCAGGCAAUACCUGCUAAGCCCAUCAUUAUCAGAAACAGAAGACGACCACAGAAGAGAAAAGCAGAUGACACUGCAACGAAGGCAUCUGUACCACCAAUAGAAACCAUUAUUAACUUAAAGCAGGAACCCAAAUAUGCCCCGGCACCCCCUAAAGAUUCAAACAAAACAAAAGAUGUCAAACCUCGAAGAAAUAAAAUAUUUAAGUCUAGAAACAAGGUGGAGGAUGAGCAGGAAGAGGAAAAGGAGACAUCUAGUAUUCCUUCAGAAGACACAAGUGUGAGUGAGGAGGCUCCAGUGCUACAACCUGAGGAUGAUCUGGCUCCAGAUUCUCAGGAAGGAUCUGUCAGCAUAGAGGAUAAGGACAAUGCCUUUGGAUUUGAUGAAAUGGAGGUGGAUGAAACGCCUGAAAACAUACCAGAGAUAGCAGAGAGUGACACAUUCGAAGAAAUCCCAGUUAAACUCAAGCGCGUUGAAGAAGUGCAGAGGGAGGACAACGGGGACAGCCAGUCUUCAGAGGGAGAACUUGAGAAUUCACAAGAAAUACCAAGUUCCCAGGAGUCAAACGAGGAGUUCAAGCAACCCAAAAGAGAAAGAAAAAUAUUCAAAUCUAAGAAUACCAGGAUGGCUCAGAAAAAAGUGUCGCCCAGUCCAAAGAAGUCUCCAGCAAAGGCGACCUACAAUGUGCGAUCCUGGCAGGAUGAUUUUGAUGAAGAGGAACGGGUAACCAUGAUGAUGCAAAGAAAUAACAAGAAGAACGCAGGGGAGGAAAAUGGAGCUCAGACUGGUCCCCCAAAACUGACCCGCUUCUCAACUUGGCCUAAUUCAGGACCUAAAGAAAAGCCCCCUGAGGAGCCUCCAAAGCUAACCCGGGCUGUCCACUGGCCAGACCGAGAAGGAGAUGAGGCGUAUACCUCAGUUCACAUCAAUAAAGAGCACAAACAGUUGUACACUGUGGUGAAGAAUGUGAAGGAGGCUCACGAAUGUCAGGAGCACGGAGAGACCCAGGAGUUUGCUGACGAUGUCGAGUACCUGCUGUCUGGGAUUCAGGAAGGGGAGCCCAUGUCUACAAGAUGUCUCAGUUGUAUUGGCCUAGCCCAAAAAAGUAUCCUGCCAGCAUUCCGAAUGCACCUGAGAGCCCAUGGAACUGUGGCCAAGAUAUUUGGACACCUGAAGGAUGCUGUGACAGAUCCAAGUUUGUCCCUGUGUACAGCCUUGCUGAUGUUCAUGUUGAGUCGAGACCGGCUGAACAUGGACUUGGAUCGACAGAGUUUGGAUCUGAUGCUGAAGCUGCUGGCAGUGGAUUACCAGGAGGAGCAGAGCGCCACCGUGAUGGGCAAGAGGACCUUGAACCGCAAUAAAGACCGUGCCCGAGAGGUGUACGAACAGUGGAAGGCUGAGGGUGGGGCUACUAACCAGCCCGAAAUUGAGGAUGUCUCAACUGGAAAUCUUGCCAUGGAAUCUCUGCUGAGCCUGACCUCCCGUAGAGCAGGAGAAUGGUUCAAGGAAGAGUUGAGGACAUUGGGAGCACUGGACCACAUAGUGGACACAGUGUGUUCAUGUAUCGAAGCCUUGGGAGAUGACACAACAUUGGUGACAGACAGUAUGUUGGAGAACAUGAAGAAGAUUGACAGGUGUCUGAGAGUGCUGGAAAAUGUGUCUUUUGUGAAUACUGAUAAUCAACUCUAUUUGAUAUCAUACAAGGCAGGAAUCCUUGUAGCUUCAUUAUGCAGGGCCCUUGAUCUGUGUGAGAAAUGCUUUCCUGUGUAUCCCAUCAACAGUUCAGAUGACAAAGAGUCGACCGGCUACGUCAUCUACAGCCUGGUGUUGGCAGUGCUGAGGGUCCUCAUCAACAUCACUCACGAAAAUGAGUUUGGAUGCACCAAAGUGGGAGACCAGACAGACUUCAUAAAAACAGCUUUAACCUGUAUCCUAGACACUCCUCGCCAUGUCCCAAUAGACAUGAGAUUCGACAUGCUUGUUCUGAGCUUGGGUCUCCUGAUUAAUAUGGUGGAGCAUUGUGGUGUAAACAAACGCAAACUUGUGGAGGCAGAGACCUGCAGGUCUUAUGAAGUUACUUCAGAUAAUUCUACAUCUCAAGUUCCUGCUACUAAGGCUCUGUGUGAGGUGUUUAGCACUCGGUUUGAAAUAGCUAAAACCAUGGAAGAGCAAGACUUUGGUGAGCCCUCCACACCUAAAGCAUCGCCCAACAAGAGUGGAGAGUGGAAGGAGUCGGACUCUGGCAUAGAGUGGGUGGUGUCGUCCGCCAAAAAGGAGAAGGAAGACAGUAACGACACUAGUCGCGUGCAGCCCCCAGAGAACGACAAGCUAGAUAAUCUAGACGACGAGGAAACCUUUACAAAAGCUUUACAUCGGGCUGGUAAGCACAUGGAGAACAGCAUAAUAGCAUCGUAUGUUGCUCUACUGUUGGGCUGUCUCAUACAGGAUAACACUAUGUAUGUCAGCCAAGUCAAGGAACAUUUAGCAUCUGGGAGUUUUGAAGAUCUUAUCACAAUCCUGAAGAAAUUCUUAGGUUUUAUGAAUUUAACGCGUGCAAUUGGAAGCACAGGGGGCAAGUCCAUAGCUCAUGUCAUAGAAGUUCUGGAGGGCUGCUAACAGGAAACGGAGUUAUACACUUAGUGACCGAAACCACUACUGCAAGAAAUAACAGGAAACAUUACAUCGUCAGUUUGAAUAAAACCACGAACCUUAAUUUUCCAAAGCCACCGUAUUAUUGAACUUCUGAAAGAUAUAAAGAGAAAUUGUUUAUAAGGAGACAUUAAUCUUUUUAGUUUGUUUACAUAAUGCAACUUGAAUCUUAAGAUGUGUGAAUGUAUGGAAAAGAUACUAUAGUAUUCCAUUCUAGAAAAGCUGGACAGUGUCAACUUAUAUUUUUGUAUGGUUUAAAAUUUGUAUUUUUCUGAGAGGAAAACCUGGAGCAAUAGACAUUUCAUGUUUGUCAAACUCCAUCAUUUUUAUCAUUUGAUUCUUUUUUUGUCGGUAGUUUUAGCUGAAUCAUGUGUGAAUGAUAAAUUAGGAUGUCACACUGAUGAAAUCAUAGUGCACAUUACCUAAAGGUCUGGAAGGGAUCGAGCGAAUCAUUUAGCAGAUUAUUUUAUCUGGUGUUAACAUUGUAAUGAGGUAUUGUGGAUUUUAUGAAUUUUUUUCACUGCAUCAUAAAGGAUGGAAAUUAUCUGAAAAAAAAAAUGCAUGUACUGUAUAUGUGUACAUUGUUAAUAAAUACAAAUCAACGCAUA